AUGCCGUCUGAACGUGAAGGAGGAGGGUCUACUCCGAAACGAUUAUCGCUUGUCGGGGAUGGUGAGCAUACACCGAGUCCGGGGCCGAGGCCAGUUACGAGUCAUCGGCAUCCAUUGUCACACAGGGACUUGGAUGCCCCACCAAUGUCAAUCCGCUGGCACUACGCCGUCGACCAACCCAAACGAAAACUCUACAACACCCCCACCGCCCCACCCAAACCCGCGACAAAAUACGUCCCAUUCUCACCCUCCGACUCCCGCGCCCUCGAAGCCGCGUUUCAGCGUUGCUGCGAAGUCGAGAACGAUACCGAGGAGCCCCCAGCCGAUGCGCGAAUGGUCAUGGUCAACGAGGAUCAACUAUUCGAAGUCGACGUCGUCGAGCGAGAGCUGAAACCGGUGUAUUGGAAUGGACCGAUUUAUGAAGUUCGACGUGGGACGUGGUUUGUCCAGGAGGGGAGUUCGCUCAAGCCUUGUGAUGAGAAUUUGGCCGUACAGGUUGAAGAGGGGUAUAUGAAAAUCAAACCCUUCAAUUUCAAGAAAGACAAGGAUAAGGCUAAGGAUAAGGAUAAGGAGGAUGAGUUGUUGGGGUUGGAUAAGGAGAUGUUGGCGGAGAAGUUGAAGGAGGCUGUGGAGGGGGUUGCGAGGCUUCCGGGGGAGUUGUUGAGGCCGGAAGAUGCGGGGGAGGGUGGUUCGAGGAGUCGGAGUGGGAGUGUAACUAUAUCACCUGGGCAGAAGGGUGGGACGCCGACGAAGGCGAAAGAUGGGAAGGAGAAGCCGAAGGAGACGAAGGAGCAGGUGUGGCCGCUUCUUGGAACACAUAUGGGGAAGUUCGUGGUCUACACGAACGAAAACACCGCAUGGAUCUUCACCAAAGACAUCUACUCCAUGAUCUCCUCCACCCUCUUCAGCGCCCUAACCGCCGGCGUCCACAAAGGCGGCACAAAACUCGUCCGAGGCUUCACCGACGCCGCGAAAUCCCGUCCUCCAAUCUCCAAAGAAAUCGAAGAAGUCAAAUCGAAAGCGACCCAAGAAACCGCCGAAGCACUCCGUUUCGAGGGUGGCCAACAGACUGAGGAAGCGAGAGCACAAGUGUUGGAGGCGGAGAUGGAGGAGGAUUAUGAGGUUGUUGGGAAUGAGGAUCCGACGAGGGAGAUUGAGCAUUUGGUGCUUUGUGUUCAUGGGAUUGGGCAGAAGUUGGGGGAGAGGAUCGAGAGUGUGAAUUUUGUGCAUGAUGUUAAUGUCAUGAGGAGGACGAUGAAGACGGCGUACAAGGAAUCUGACUUGUUGCAGACGCUGAAUGGGGAGGCGCCUGAGAAGAAGGAGGAGACGGGGAAGGAUGAGAAAGACAAAGAGAAGGACAAGGAGAAGGAGAAGGAGGAUCGUGUUGUUAACUCAAAGGUGCAGGUAUUGCCUGUUCAGUGGCGUCAACGGAUUCAGUUUGGUUUGAUGCCUGAUGAGGGCGAAGGCAAGGAGGGCAAAGAAAGCGAUCUUGGCAUGGGUGAGGAAGGCGAGGAGGAGGAGGUUGCGACGUUGCAGGAUAUCACUGUUGAAGGUGUUCCUUCUGUACGGAACUUGGUGUCGGAUGUAUUGUUGGAUAUCCUGCUUUACUACCAGCCGAUAUACAGGGAGCGGAUUUUGAGGGCCGUGCACGCGGAGCUGAACAGGGUCUACGCUCUAUUCAAAGAGCGAAAUCCGGAGUUCAAGGGGAAGGUGUCGUUGGUCGGCCACUCCCUUGGUUCCGCGAUUCUGUUUGAUAUCCUCGCACGACAGCCGGGACCGAAUGUCAACCUCAAGCAUACCCAGAAACUGGAGUUGGCGUUCGAUGUCGAGCAUUUCUUUGCCAUUGGGAGUCCGAUUGGGUUGUUCCAAAUGUUGAGGGGGAAGCAUAUCGCGGCACGUUCGAAGAUCGAUGAGUCGUCGCCGCCUAUGCCUAGUCCGAUUGGUGUGGAGGUCGAGGAUCCGUUCGCUGCGACCGAGGCUGCACCUAUGACUAUUUCCUCGCCCAAGUGCAGGAACUUCUACAAUAUCUUCCAUCCAUCCGACCCGGUUGCGUAUCGAAUCGAACCUCUCAUCAGCAAGCAUGCGGCAAAGUUGAAGCCGCAUCCGUUGCCGUGGAAUAAGGGUGGUAUCCGGACGCAGUUGGUUGGGUUGCAGAAGGUUGCGCAGGGUGCUACGAGUAUCUUCUCUGGGAUUCGGAGUUCGAUAACGAAGAGUAUUGUCAAUAUGUCGCUUGGGUAUGGCGAUCUCUCCGCGCCGGCUAUCAACCAACCCCCGACACAACCGACGACUCAAGCCGAGCUACUCCCCAGCGAUGAACACAACGUGACAUCAGCGACCGGCGACACACUCUACUCCGGCUUCGUCCGUGGUUCCAAAACAGCGGAAGAAAAAGUCCGUUUAUCGGAUGGCGAGAAGAAGCUGUACGCACUCAAUGGAACAGGCCGCAUCGAUUUCGCAAUUCAGGAGGGUAUGUUUGAGCAGAGUUAUUCGUAUAUCAGUGUGAUUGCGAGCCAUUUGCAGUAUUGGCAGGAUGCGGAUGUUAUGCAUUUUAUUUUGAGUCAGUUGUUGUGGGAGGUGAAAGCGGCGGAGAAGUCGAAUUUGAGUGGAAAGGGCCCGGGGGUGAAGAACUCGAAGUGA